GUUUGGUGGACAUAGUUGGAGUUUGGUCGUAGAAGCCCAUCUCCAGUUAGUCCACUGGGUACCAAAAUGGUGUCCACCAAGAUUUUGGUUGCAGUCGCCUUGUUGGCGAUUGUAGCAGCCACACCGCAUCACCAUAAUCACCACAAGAAGCUUGAGAGGCACCUCAAGGGACUACCAUGGGUGGUAGAGCACACGGGACAUACGGUGGGAAGACUGGUGGGAGGAGUCACGAAGACAGUGAAGAAAGUCACUGGUACCGUGAAGUCCGUUUCUGAACUGGUCGGGAAAGUCACCGGCCAUUUAGAGGCUGAUAAGGCGAACUUCGUGAGUGCAGGAUUCUUCGCCAGAGGAAUUCUAGAUCACAGCUCUCCUUCUUAUAAAGCCUUUAAAUGGAUUGCCGGAAGAAAGGACGUCCGAACCUACAAUGAGGUGACAGAGAUUCUUCUGACAGCCACCAAGGGGGUCAGUGGUCUACUCAACCAGUGGAUCCCAGAACUGGGUGACCUUCUUUCGAAGUUGGUGAUUGCUACGACCAGGAUCGGAGACUGUGUGCUCGGCCACACGCUCCACGUCCGAUCCAGGCAUGGACAUCUUCACCAUUUGAAACACCCCAAAUUACACCUCUGCACGAAAACCCAUUACGGCAGACGGUGGGGAUGGAAGGCAUACAGGGCUGGAUACAGCAACGAAGCUGAGGUCAUUCUCUACUACAAGCUGCAACACGCAGUCAAACAAGUGCAUGCUUUGUUGCAACUCAAAGGCGGCAUUGAUGGUCUUGAAGGAUACCCCAAGCACCUUGCUCAAGCUAUUUUGGAAAUCAGUCACUUGUUUGGCCGCCACCACACAGCUUGGACCCGCAAAGAUGUCAACUUCGUUUACGCAAGACUGAUUUCCAUCUUCGGUCUUGUUGGUAACGCUCAGCAUCCUAAACUCGGCAGAUACCUUGUGGCUGAAUUCUUGUUCCUCUUCAAGAUCAACCACUUUGCCCGCGACUACAAAAUAGAUAUUGAAAGUUACAUACAAAUCAUUGAUACCAGUGUCCUUAUUGAAAUAAGACAAUUAUGGCUGCCGGGAGUAAGGAUAUGUAGUGAUGAAAAAUUCGAGAAAGGCAUAGUGGAUACGGAUGACCAAGAAUUAGUGGAAGAUGAGGAAACGUAUCCCCAAGAAGAUGACGAUGACGAUUAUGACGAUGAUGACGAUGACGAUGAUGAUGAUGAUGAUUCUCCCACACCUGGAGGAGAAGGCGAUGCUCCUGAUUCCGACAGCGAUGAUGGGACGACACCUUUGACUCCUGGACAGGGUGGCAAGAAACCAGGCAAGCCAGGCAAGCCCGGCAAGCCCGGACAGUCUCCUGAUGACAAUGAUGAUGACGACGAGACCAACCCCAAGAAACCUGGACAGGGUGGCAAGAAACCAGGCAAGCCAGGCAAGCCCGGCAAGCCCGGACAGUCUCCUGAUGACAAUGAUGAUGACGACGAGACCAACCCCAAGAAACCUGGACAGGGUGGCAAGAAACCAGGCAAGCCAGGCAAGCCCGGCAAGCCCGGCAAGCCCGGCAAGCCCGGACAGUCUCCUGAUGACAAGGACGAUGACGAUGAGACCAACCCCAAGAAACCUGGACAGGGUGGCAAGAAACCAGGCAAGCCAGGCAAGCCCGGCAAGCCCGGACAGUCUCCUGAUGACAAUGAUGAUGACGAUGAGACCAACCCCAAGAAACCUGGACAGGGUGGCAAGAAACCAGGCAAGCCAGGCAAGCCCGGCAAGCCCGGCAAGCCCGGACAGUCUCCUGAUGACAAUGACGAUGACGACAUGACCAACCCCAAGAAACCUGGACAGGGUGGCAAGAAACCAGGCAAGCCAGGCAAGCCCGGCAAGCCCGGACAGUCUCCUGAUGACAAUGACGAUGACGAUGAGACCAACCCCAAGAAACCUGGACAGGGUGGCAAGAAACCAGGCAAGCCAGGCAAGCCCGGCAAGCCCGGCAAGCCCGGACAGUCUCCUGAUGACAAUGACGAUGACGAUGAGACCAACCCCAAGAAACCUGGACAGGGUGGCAAGAAACCAGGCAAGCCAGGCAAGCCCGGCAAGCCCGGACAGUCUCCUGAUGACAAGGACGAUGACGAUGAGACCAACCCCAAGAAACCUGGACAGGGUGGCAAGAAACCAGGCAAGCCAGGCAAGCCCGGCAAGCCCGGACAGUCUCCUGAUGACAAUGAUGAUGACGACGAGACCAACCCCAAGAAACCUGGACAGGGUGGCAAGAAACCAGGCAAGCCAGGCAAGCCCGGCAAGCCCGGACAGUCUCCUGAUGACAAUGAUGAUGACGAUGAGACCAACCCCAAGAAACCUGGACAGGGUGGCAAGAAACCAGGCAAGCCAGGCAAGCCCGGCAAGCCCGGCAAGCCCGGACAGUCUCCUGAUGACAAUGACGAUGACGAUGAGACCAACCCCAAGAAACCUGGACAGGGUGGCAAGAAACCAGGCAAGCCAGGCAAGCCCGGCAAGCCCGGACAGUCUCCUGAUGACAAUGACGAUGACGAUGAGACCAACCCCAAGAAACCUGGACAGGGUGGCAAGAAACCAGGCAAGCCAGGCAAGCCCGGCAAGCCCGGACAGUCUCCUGAUGACAAUGACGAUGACGAUGAGACCAACCCCAAGAAACCUGGACAGGGUGGCAAGAAACCAGGCAAGCCAGGCAAGCCCGGCAAGCCCGGCAAGCCCGGACAGUCUCCUGAUGACAAUGACGAUGACGAUGAGACCAACCCCAAGAAACCUGGACAGGGUGGCAAGAAACCAGGCAAGCCAGGCAAGCCCGGCAAGCCCGGCAAGCCCGGACAGUCUCCUGAUGACAAGGACGAUGACGAUGAGACCAACCCCAAGAAACCUGGACAGGGUGGCAAGAAACCAGGCAAGCCAGGCAAGCCCGGCAAGCCCGGACAGUCUCCUGAUGACAAUGAUGAUGACGACGAGACCAACCCCAAGAAACCUGGACAGGGUGGCAAGAAACCAGGCAAGCCAGGCAAGCCCGGCAAGCCCGGCAAGCCCGGACAGUCUCCUGAUGACAAUGAUGAUGACGACGAGACCAACCCCAAGAAACCUGGACAGGGUGGCAAGAAACCAGGCAAGCCAGGCAAGCCCGGCAAGCCCGGACAGUCUCCUGAUGACAAUGAUGAUGACGACGAGACCAACCCCAAGAAACCUGGACAGGGUGGCAAGAAACCAGGCAAGCCAGGCAAGCCCGGCAAGCCCGGACAGUCUCCUGAUGACAAGGACGAUGACGAUGAGACCAACCCCAAGAAACCUGGACAGGGUGGCAAGAAACCAGGCAAGCCAGGCAAGCCCGGCAAGCCCGGACAGUCUCCUGAUGACAAUGACGAUGACGAUGAGACCAACCCCAAGAAACCUGGACAGGGUGGCAAGAAACCAGGCAAGCCAGGCAAGCCCGGCAAGCCCGGACAGUCUCCUGAUGACAAGGACGAUGACGAUGAGACCAACCCCAAGAAACCUGGACAGGGUGGCAAGAAACCAGGCAAGCCAGGCAAGCCCGGCAAGCCCGGACAGUCUCCUGAUGACAAUGACGAUGACGAUGAGACCAACCCCAAGAAACCUGGACAGGGUGGCAAGAAACCAGGCAAGCCAGGCAAGCCCGGCAAGCCCGGCAAGCCCGGCAAGCCCGGACAGUCUCCUGAUGACAAGGACGAUGACGAUGAGACCAACCCCAAGAAACCUGGACAGGGUGGCAAGAAACCAGGCAAGCCAGGCAAGCCCGGCAAGCCCGGACAGUCUCCUGAUGACAAUGAUGAUGACGACGAGACCAACCCCAAGAAACCUGGACAGGGUGGCAAGAAACCAGGCAAGCCAGGCAAGCCCGGCAAGCCCGGCAAGCCCGGACAGUCUCCUGAUGACAAUGAUGAUGACGACGAGACCAACCCCAAGAAACCUGGACAGGGUGGCAAGAAACCAGGCAAGCCAGGCAAGCCCGGCAAGCCCGGCAAGCCCGGACAGUCUCCUGAUGACAAUGAUGAUGACGACGAGACCAACCCCAAGAAACCUGGACAGGGUGGCAAGAAACCAGGCAAGCCAGGCAAGCCCGGCAAGCCCGGACAGUCUCCUGAUGACAAUGAUGAUGACGACGAGACCAACCCCAAGAAACCUGGACAGGGUGGCAAGAAACCAGGCAAGCCAGGCAAGCCCGGCAAGCCCGGACAGUCUCCUGAUGACAAUGAUGAUGACGACGAGACCAACCCCAAGAAACCUGGACAGGGUGGCAAGAAACCAGGCAAGCCAGGCAAGCCCGGCAAGCCCGGACAGUCUCCUGAUGACAAGGACGAUGACGAUGAGACCAACCCCAAGAAACCUGGACAGGGUGGCAAGAAACCAGGCAAGCCAGGCAAGCCCGGCAAGCCCGGACAGUCUCCUGAUGACAAUGAUGAUGACGACGAGACCAACCCCAAGAAACCUGGACAGGGUGGCAAGAAACCAGGCAAGCCAGGCAAGCCCGGCAAGCCCGGACAGUCUCCUGAUGACAAGGACGAUGACGAUGAGACCAACCCCAAAAAACCUGGACAGGGUGGCAAGAAACCAGGCAAGCCAGGCAAGCCCGGCAAGCCCGGACAGUCUCCUGAUGACAAUGAUGAUGACGAUGAGACCAACCCCAAGAAACCUGGACAGGGUGGCAAGAAACCAGGCAAGCCAGGCAAGCCCGGCAAGCCCGGCAAGCCCGGACAGUCUCCUGAUGACAAUGACGAUGACGAUGAGACCAACCCCAAGAAACCUGGACAGGGUGGCAAGAAACCAGGCAAGCCAGGCAAGCCCGGCAAGCCCGGCAAGCCCGGACAGUCUCCUGAUGACAAUGAUGAUGACGACGAGACCAACCCCAAGAAACCUGGACAAGGUGGCAAGAAACCAGGCAAGCCCGGCAAGCCCGGCAAGCCCGGACAGUCUCCUGAUGACAAGGACGAUGACGAUGAGACCAACCCCAAGAAACCUGGACAGGGUGGCAAGAAACCAGGCAAGCCAGGCAAGCCCGGCAAGCCCGGCAAGCCCGGACAGUCUCCUGAUGACAAUGAUGAUGACGACGAGACCAACCCCAAGAAACCUGGACAGGGUGGCAAGAAACCAGGCAAGCCAGGCAAGCCCGGCAAGCCUGGCAAGCCCGGACAGUCUCCUGACGAUGACGACCAGGAUUCUGGUUUUGAAGACAUAGAAUAUGAGGAAUUCGAUGAAUCAUCAAGCUCUGAAUCUCAGGAAAGUAGUUCUAAAAAGUCUAGGACUCGAUCAAAUCGCUGUUACAUCGUAUACUACGGCAAUACCUUCAGGAAAACCACCAAUGCAGACUUUGAUCCUAGCGACGAAGAUGGCAGAUCUAAGACCGUCAUCUACAGAAGAAUCAAAGGCUCCAGAAGAAGCAACCAAUUCGCUGAUGGUGAUGAAUACACUUAUGAAAUCGAAGAUGAAUCAGAUGGUACCACAUACAAGUCUUCUGGAAUGGAUCAGGAUGACUCUUCUUACUCCAAUUCCAGUAGUUAUACAGUAGAAGAAUCUGGACCUGACAGUUACUCUAAGACAGAAGAGAGUAAUCAAGAAGAUGGGUCUCAAAACGAGCAAAAUGAUGAAUCGGAGUAUAAGCAAACAACAGAAGAUGGUACUUACUACUACAGAAGUAAAAAGAGUAGUAAGUCUGAAAGCUCAAAAAAUAGCAAGAAGCAAUCGUCGGAGUAUUACGAAUCUUCUUAAAUCAAUUAAAAUAUAAACUGCCUCACUAAGAGACAUUUAAUGAUUACUUAAACCAAUUCCUUAGUAACGAUUUUGUAUAGAAAACUGUUGCUAAGGACUGGGUUAAGUUAUCGUUAAAUGUGUUUGAGUACGGUGGUAAGGCUGUAAAUUUAAAUCUUGAAUCACGGUUAAAUUUAUGAUAAAAUUGUCUUUUUAUGAUCAACUGAUAGAUACUACUGGACUUAGGUAACUGAUACUAAUCAUAUAUGUUUCUUAGAGAGAAUAUGCUAGGCUUUAAAAAAGUAUUUCCCUUAAAUUCUUGUUAAAAACCACCUAUUUCUGUAUUUUAUAUGAUACUAGCGACCCGCCCCAGCUUCGCAUGGGUGCAAUGGUGACAUAUUACGCAUGUAUCAUACAUAUAAACCUUCCUCUUGAAUCACUCUAUCUAUUAAACAAACCGCAACAAAAUCCGUUGCGUAGUUUUAAAGAUUUAAGCGUACAAAGGGACAUAGGGACAGAGAAAGCGACUUUGUUUCAUACUAUGUAGUGAUAAUAUUUUGACUAAAGCAGUGUUAAGAAAUUAUUUGUAAACUUGUUUAUCCGACUGUUAGUCAAAGUGUUAUUGUGUGUUUAUUAUGAAAUUGAUCGUGAUUCGAGCUAUGGUAAUGUUUAAGAUUAUUAGUUUUUAAUGUAAAUUUAGUUAUAAUAAAGAAGCAAGUUUUAAAAUGUCA